GCUGUUUAUUAUGCCAGGCGCUGAUCAGUGUCAGUGGCCCCUUAGGUGGAGCAGCUUGUGGCCUGGUGGCAUUUCGUGUAGAGAUAAAACGGCUCUCUCAAACUGAAUUUAGCCCACCCACUCCCUGGACCCCAGCCCAGGCAGGCACAGGGGAGUGGCUAUUUUGUGUGAUAGCCGAGGCUAUUUUGUUUCCCUCCCCAGCUAUCGGGCUGAGCUACAGUCAGGAUGUUAUGACGACAGACAAGCUGGAGCAUCAGCCAGCCCAGAAUGGACUGAGUGUGAAAGGCAGGCGGAGAGGGCAGCCUGUGCCAAACGGCGAGUGUGCUUGGCGUGGCCAAGUGCUGUGGAGGAGUGAGAAGGGAACCCGGGGUCCAUUCCUGUCCUCUGAGCUGCUUGCAGGGAGGGAGGAAGGUGGCUGUGUUGGUUUGCAGAGGCCAAAACUAUCAUUCACGUCAGCUGACCACAUUGCAGGAGUCAAAACUGUUCCCAGAUGUCAGCUGUCAACUCAGGCGUCCCUAUCAGGCCUGAUGGAACAAAGACCGAAUCCGGAAGGGACACUGGGGAUGCCACAAAAAUCACCCCCAAUUCAGAGCAUGAAGAAUCAUUUGGAAACAUCUCUUUCCCUGAAAACCAGAGAUACUCGCCUGGGGAGUUUAAUUCCAGUGAAGAUUUCUCCCUCAUUCCUUCUGCCCAGAUACCAAAGAAAGCGGAAAAUGAACGCCCCCAGUCCGUCAUCGCUGGCAUCGCCAACUCCUCUUUCCAGCCAGGGAAGGUUGCCCUCCAUCCUGCCUACUGCGCCAACGGCUGUGGGCUUCCCCCGGCUUCCGUGAGGCAGCAGCCGCGAGUCUCCAAGAAGCAGCGCAUCAGCUCCACUGCCUCCGUCUGCACCAACAGCAGUAAGAAGAGCUGCAAAUCCACAGCAUCUCAGAUCCAGGAGGUGGCUGGGGAUGAGCUGUGUGCCACUCUCCUCUUAGCUUGCCUCUUCUGCCGUUUCUCGGACAUCCUGCCUCUUUUCUCCGGGCCUUUCUGUUCUUGCUUCCCUGAGCCCUCCUGCAGCUCCAGGCUCCUGGGCUUUUGCUCGGACCCCCAGAGCUGCUGCUGCUGCUGCUGCUGCUGUCGGUUUGAGGAGCCGGCCCUGGAGUUAUGCUACCAGACUGGUGACUGUCUCGAACUUGCAUUAGAAGUGUCUGAGCUGUGCUAUCACUGACUAACCUUGGCUGCCAAAGAUGCCUCCUAAUAAUCUUUACUUCUUCCUGGGAUCCUUAUGGCAGAUCGCUGUGCACAUUGUGCCCUUGCCUGCCUCUUCUGUGAGUUUAUGUCCCUCUGCUCACUUGCCCUGGACUGUGGGGGCUGCGGGGGCUGCCUAGAGGCUUGUUGUGGUGGAGAAGGAGGGGAGUCCCUUGCCGAGAGCUGCUGUGGGGAAGCCGGUGGAGAAAAUUGCCCCUGUGGGUUAGGCUGCGGGAUGUUGCAGGAUUGCUGCGGCUCCUCUGACUGUCUUGAGAUCUGCCUGGAGUGCUGUUCUAUCUGCUUCCCAGCCUGAAUUCAGGGACCGGGAGAUCGUGUCCCUCUGUCCUCCAUGGUUCCGGACUGCGUUGGGAUGUGUGCAUAUCCCUUUGGGAAUCCGACCCCACCAAACUACAAAGCAUGGCAAGAGAUUAAUCUGGGCCUCUUUUCUUACCAAAGCCCCACCUCCUUUGAACAUCCUCAGGCAAACUCCUUCCUCCUUUUUAUAUCAUGGUAACAGCCCAAAACGCAUUGCUUGUAUGCACACAGCUGGGGCCUGCUGUUUGUAUUGGAUGGGAUGAGGCCCAUUAAGUAUUGUUUCAAUUGUGUGAUGUCACACUCAGACAUUGUGUUGAUGUCACCAAAAAAGCUAAGCUGCAUUCGCACUGAAGACAGGAUAAAUUCCACUCGCACUACAAAAUCCUGUCAGGUCAAGCCUAUUCUGUUACGCACUGUAAUGUUACAGAAAAAUCCACGCCGUGCAUUUUCGACAGAUGUCACCACGCAACUGUGGAUGGAAUCUCUCUCCUUUUUUUUUAACUGUGACCAAAAAAAUUUACAUUGAUGCUGUGAUAUAUCUGAAUGGACUGAAGCUGAAUAUGCCCCAGAGCCAAAGAAAUUCCUCUUCCUGUGCUGAAUGCUUCCAGGUGACCCACCUAUUGAGCAUUCAUCCUUAUUUGUUUGCAGGGAGGUUAGACAAGGUUGGAUAUUUAAUGAGCAUUGCUUUUUAUUUGAUUGCAAGGAAGUUAGAAGGCCUUGCAUUUUUUAAAAAAAGUCUUGUCCCACACUUUCCAGUGCAUUUUCCUGUCUCUUUCCUAAUUCCAAAAAGUCCACUUGUUUUAGGGAGUGGAUUUGUUGUGCAAGACCUCCCUGAAUUUGUCAGUAUGUGAUUGAAUCCCACCUGAAAAUAGCUAUACAGUUUGGAAGUGCCUGAUGUGUUUCUGAUGUGAACUUUAAAUGGACUAUAGGCUCCAGGUUGGGGUUUCUCACAUGACUAUUUCUUUGUGCCUGGAAAUAUACUGUUGUGUUGAUCAGGAUGCCUGAUUGUAAAAUAAAUUUAAAUUAAACUAAUGAA